CUCUCAGCCGAGGACCUUGUUUCUUACCGAUGCAGACGACGGACUUUUGUCGACGACAGAGACUUCCCGAGGGCGCGCAUGCAGACGGUUUGUCUUCAAAGUGACUCGCGGGAAAAGGUAUUUUGACUUUGUUUUCCCUCCGCUAAUUCCGCUUGUGAACAUUGUUCUUCUUCAACACCAUCUUCACGUUUUCCUGCCCCCAAGACUUUGUUUUUGCUCCCAAAGCCUGGUGGCAAAAGCACACCAACACCGGGCAAGAUAACACAGUGGCCGCUUGAAACUCUGCGUGGAAGCGUCUUCCGUUGACUGUCAGAAGUUUUUCCCUACCGAUUGUUUGUUCCGAUUUCUUCUCUCUUUCGUCCUGUUGAUUUUUUGGCAGACAUUUUGGUGUGCCACCCUCGACAGCUCUCGUAUCCAUACCUUGCGCAUGCAUAGCAGCUUCGAGUGCUCUUCGCCGCAACGACCCUCAGGUCUCCUCCUGGUCUCUCUCCCCAUGCAAGGUUGAUACUCUCUCUGAAACAGCCUUCGCCGUCUUGCCGUUCACGAGUCUUCCCUCUUGGGGGGGGUCCCCCACUCUGCCCGGCGUCUGCCGUGUCUUGUCUCCUGUCUCCUGCCCUUCUGUCGAGCCGUAUCGCUUCCAUGUGCUGCUCCUUCUUCGCCCAGGAGAACAGAGGGGACGUCUUUCCCCUUCUGUGUGUCUUCCUUGUCUGCGUCGUGUGAGAGUGUAGCUCCCCCUCUUCCUUCUCCUACUCAAGCGCGAUGGAGAGCUUCGAGGAAGCGGUUCAGGUCGUUUUUUCACAGAGUGCACAUGCGCUUCGCUCGCAUGCGGAUCGCGAGCGCCAGGAGCGCGCCCAGGCCUAUCUGGAUGAGAUCCUCUCUGCGCCAGACGGCUGGGCGCACCUCCUCAACUGGCUCCCACAGCUCUCCUCCGUCGAAGCUCGCUUCUGGACUCUCCAAGCUUUCCUCAACGUCCUCCCCUCGAGCUCUCCCCAACAGAGGCAGGCUCUCCGAGAGGGCGUCCUCACCCACUGCGUGCUUCGGCGCCUCCAAGGCGGAGACACCUCGUGCGAGGCAAGAGGAGACUCCGGGCCGGGUGCCUCGUCGGGUCUCAGCGGAGCAGGCAGAAACGCAGCGAGAACCGAGGACGGAAGCGCGCAGGGCGCGGAAACCUCGCGGGAGGAUGCAGCCGUGAAAAACAAAACGGCGCUGCUCCUCGUUCGUCUUGUCCAGACCGACUUCCCCUCCACCUGGCCGACUGCGUUUCUCGAGCUGAGACGGCUCUGGACCAUCGCUGUGGAGGCGACAAGUGAGCUUCCUGUCUCUGAGAAGAGUGAACAGGCCUCGGCGAAACAAGUCGAUGUCCUCGAUGGCCUCGAUGUCUGCCUGAGAAUUCUUCUUCUCCUCCACCAAGAGGUCGUGGAAGACUCGGUGGUCGUCCGCGACGCAGAGCAAACCCGCCGAGACGCAGAGAUUCGAACGGCUCUUCGACAGCACUUCUCGUCGUCGGAGUUGUCUGCCUCAGACAGAUCUGCGGUCUCCUUCUCGCGCCUCCUUCUUCAACUUCUUCAACUUCCAGUUAUACGGCAGGACGCAGCUCUUCUUCGGCUCACUUGUGAGAUCAUCGGCAGAUUCAUUGGGUACAUGGACCUGCUACUGCCACCCUCCGCCUGCGAGCCGCCCACGCAGGCGCAGAGCGCCGCCGGCUCUUUGGGCUCUACCGCCCCGGCCGAGGGCGAGACGCGGCCGACGACAGCGGUCGGAGACGGAGACGCGGAGACAGCCACGGAGGGGACGCUCGUCCACGUUCUCCUCGAAACUUGGCUCACAUGCUCCUGCGACGAGGCCUGCAACGCAGUUGUCGCCUUCGCGCACAAGAAAAUGGAGGCUGAAACAAAGGCCAGACUUCUCUCCAGAAUGGGCCUAGCUGAGGCACUUCGAGCUUGCAUGCAGCAAGUGGCGCAACGCCCAGAGCUCGUCGCGGGUUUUGCCUCGAUGGCGAACACAACGGCUUCGGCUUUUCUGGACUCCGCGCAUACGUUGAGUCAAAGAGAGAAGGAGGUCCAGGCGCUCUUGUCGGAGGGAAGCAGAAACGGCAUUUCAUGGCCACAAGAGACAGAGGCAGGAGCGCAACUUCCUCAGUGUGAGAAGAAGCAAACAGCUCGUCAACAAGACAUCAGCAGAGCAGCGGCGAUGGCUUGGCGCCGAGUGUCGCUUCUGUUGCCGGUGAUAGCGGAGCUGUUUGCUUGUCCAGUGCUGGACAUCGCGUUCCGCGUCGAACCGUUUCUCUCGCUUUUCUGCAACAAGACGCGUCUCCAAGAGCCGCAGAAAGGAGCGGCGGUGAAGCGAAAAGACGAGGUCCUGCCGAGCGACUUCUCCCCGCAAGCGCUUGCCCCCUUCCUCACCAACAUGCUUCAGCUCGUCUAUCAAAAGGUCGUCGCCCUACAGUCCGAGGAGAUCGAGACAGAAGCCGGCGGCGGGCCUGGUCUAGACGAAGACGAAUCUGAGGACGAGGAGACAGUAAAAAUGCGAGAGUACAUGGAGCUAGCCAGCCAGUUGUACAAGCGGGUGUUCCUGGUGUAUCCGGCGCACUCGUUUUCGUGGCUUCAACAGACGAUUCAGCAGGUCUGCAGUCGGCUGUCGCUUUCCAAUUCUUCGGCUUCUUCUCUUUCCGCGACGUCUUCCCUCUCCUCUUCCUCUGCUCUCUCCGCCUCCUCCGCUGCCCGAGUGUGGCGCGAAGCGGGGGCGGCUCUGCAUCUGCUUCUGCUGUCUGCAGAGAACGUCAAGGACAUGCCUAGAGAGUUGAAGGACCAGUCUCAGCCUCUCCCCACAUGUCUCUUCACCCUUCUGCAGACCGAGGCCUUGUUCCGCUUCUUGCCUGCGCUCGCGCCGCCCCCGAGCGUCCGGCUUCUUCUCCUCUCCGUCCUCGGCCGCUUUGCGCCGUUCUUCUCUCACCAUCCCCAGUUCCUCCCCGUCGCUCUCCAGCUCCUCCUAGGUCCCGCCUUCCUCAACCUCGCACCCGAGACGAAACACGGAGGCGCGCAAGGUGCCGCGCGACUUCGGCGUCGCCUCGCAUGUGUGGCGGGCCGCAGCUGUUUGUCUCUCUUGCGUUUUCUGAAGAGCACGCAGCCACAAGUCAGUGCGUUCUCUCUCGACAUUCUCCAGGCUCUGCAGACUGAGAACUGUCUCCAAAUUCCGCUGCCGAGUCCGGCGCGCGGUGACGCCGAGACAGAAAACCACACCGGCGCUGCGCUCGUCCCGAAUAAACUGUUCUCUGUCGACGACCAGCAGCUUCUCUUCGAAGCCGCUGGCGUCCUGCUCGGCGCCCGACACACCGGCAACCAGGAGCCUCGGACCCGAUCUCAGGCUGCGGAGACAGAGGGACAGGCGCCGCGUCUCUCCGAUGCGGGGAAAGCUGCCGCUCGCGCCUUGACGCAAGCAGAACGCAUGCGCCUUCUCCACCAACUGCUUCAGCACCUCAUUCCAGCUUUCGAUGCCGCAAAGCUCUCACAGUUGUCGAGUCCAGAGGAAGCGGCUUGCUGGGCUUUGUUGUGGGCGCGAACGUGCAACGCCAUCGCUUCUUUGACGAAGUCUUUUCCGUCGACUGAAUGCCGAGAGUCUUCGGGCGACAGAACUCGAGAAGUCUGGAGAGAAGCUUUCCAGCAUAUCUCCUACGCUACACAGGUGGCUUUGUCGCCUUCGUCGCUACGACCUGAUAUCGGGAACGUCUUUCUGUUUUCUCCCUUUUUCCACUCGUUCGUCUUUCUGCUUCGGCGCGGCCUGCAGCUCUUGAACGUGGACAUCCUCCCCGUUAUGCACGCGACGCUGCCGCUGCUCUACGAGGCCUUGCCCUCUGCGUUUUCUGCCUCCUCGCGAGCGCUCGCCGAUCCGGAAAGGUUUUUUGUCGCCUCUGCAUUCACCCCUGGCACCGGGGCUGCUCCCUGUACACCGCAGGGCUGUGGCGCCCAGCUCGCCAGUCUCGUCACCUAUUUUCUCGUCACUUUGAAGGAGAAGAGUCUCGUCGCUCGCGGCGGUUUUCUCUGCGAUGAUCUCUUACGCAACCUUUUUUGGCGGCACUUUACGCUUUGGUGGCGAGCGGAAACGGAGUCUCCAGAGCUGCUUCGAGACCAGGCGGAGCUGCAGGAGCAGCUGACUCUGCUUCUCAACACGGUGGGGAAAGAGGCGCCGUCUCUGCUGACUGCUUUUCUCUUGGCUGUCCCCGUGUCUUCGUCGGCAUGCGCGACGGCAGUCUCGAGCCUGGCAAACGGUGUGGCGGUGGAUACCGGUCCCCAAACGCCAUCGCUCGCUGCUCUACGUUCGUUUCGCAGUGACAGUUGUCGGGAGUCCUUCGUCGGGAAUCUCCGGAGUCUCCAGCAGCAUCUCUUCUCCGUGGCGUCGCAGCCAAGUCCUAUGGUGCCGGCGCCCGCCUCCUACCUGUCUCUCGGCCAAGGCGUGGUUGCCAGUGGACUCGAAUUCUCGGACUUGCGGAACGUCUUCCUUGCUGGACUUCAGGAGCUCUUCGUCGCUGCGUCGGCCUCUCCGCCGCGCCUCCGGGAGGGCCUCGACCCCCUGCAUGCGACGCGCGUCGGUGUCUCCUGCUUCCUGCUUUUUUCCCUGUCUCCCGCGAGUGCUGGGAACUCUUCAGCCUGCGUCUAUGCGAUCCAGACGUGGCUAGCUGUCGUCCAACAUGUCUUGGUGGAGAACAUCUCGGGCGCCGCCUUCCCUCAUCUGCAGCAGAUCCAGGCCUUCCUCCAAGUCCACGUUCGCGAGAAGCCUCAGGACGCAAAAGCGGAGCUGCUGCGGCCGCCUCCAGAAGUCCAGGAGAAAGCUGCAGACGAACUCCUUCGCCUCUUGCCUGCACGUGAAAUCUUCGCUGCCACCAGUGCCCUCGUCCUCCACCUCGACGUCGCCGCCGACGCCCAGCAGGCCCGCGUUCUUGGAGACGUCUGCAGUCUCUGGCGACUCUUCGUCUUGGGUCCUGGCGGGACUGUCACCUCCUGUUCAACGCCGAGUCGACAGAACGGUGCGACGUCUUCGCUGUUUGCUCUCGCGGCGGUGCUCUCCCAUUUCUUCCAGCCUAUUCAGCGCCUUCUUUUCUCCUCCCUCGCCGACGCCCUUUAUGGCUUCUUCACCCGACAAAAGGAGACAGGAGCUGGGAUAUCUACGCCUGAGAAAUGCGCUGAAGACGCUUCUCAGGCAGCGGCGAUGCUUGUUCAGAGCCUGGUGGAGACGGCAGAUCUUCGGACGAGCAAAGAAAACGUUCGGCAAUGGGUUUUGGCGCAGCGGCAACCGAGGUAGUGACUGUUCACGAAAAAACAUGUUUUCGAGAGGAGAGAGGAAGUGCACGAGCCAGAAGGAGACACACUUAAUUUUUCGUGACCUCGCAGUCACAAUCCUCUCGCGCGAACGGGAUCCUUUUCGCCUUCUGUGAACCCCGUCUUGAAUUUUGUGCGCAAUCUACAUCUUCCUCAACACUGGCCAGGCCCGCUGGGAUGCUGUUCCCAGUGUAGCUACGAGGAACGCGAAGAGGAACGGAAAGAGCAGGAGAAGGGAGGCGAUAAUACGAGAAAGAAGGACAAGAGAGAAGAUGCAUGAAUAGGUGAGAGAAAGGAGAACGAGAGAAAGCAAAAGAAACACGCGUGAGGACACAGAGGAAGAGGAAGGGAAGAGGGGGGAGCAUGCAAGUCCAGAGAGAGAAGAGAAGAGUAGGGGGAAAGAGAGAGACCAAUGGAGAGGCAGGAGGGUGAGAGAGGAAGAGCAGGGCAUUGUCGACUGUGGAGAAGAGGCUCAAGAGGAAUUUACUUUAGGAGAGACAGAGAGAGCCCGUAGCUUAUGUCAUCUAGGAAGUCGACGAGUAGGCCGUGGCUCCCGGAUGUUCCGUUGAACGGCACAAGAGAACCUCUCCGAGCAGCUUCAAUGUUCCAUCCAUGCCUGGUCUCCGCGUUGCUGCACUGAAAAACUCGUUCACGCAUGCCUUUCUUUCCGUACGUCCCAAUACGUGGAAAAUGCAAGCAGCGUGUGUGUAUCUCUCCCAGGGGCAGCCAGGGGUGAGGGUGUGCUGCACAAGACGCAUUUGAUAUGUUUUUCAUACGCAGGCAGGAACAUUAUGUGCGACAUGCACAUGCUUUUCCACCAGUCUGAGUGCUUUCAGUAGAUGUACGCCAGCUGACUAGACAGCUCCAUCCUUACUCUACUGUUGUAGGCGCGUCGCUUUUGGUGGAGCUGCAUGAUAGCCCUGCAUUUAAAUUGAAGAGAAGAUCGAUUUUUCUAUUCGUGCAAAAACCAGGUCAAAUCACCUCCGAUGUCGGCUACGAAGUAUGUGGCCUUCGAAACCGAGGCGCCAAGGGAUUUCAAGUGCAUGCAUGCGCGUAUAUUUUUGACAUACAGUUCCUUGUUGUACGAACUCGUUCUUUCCGCUUGUUUUACGUACUCGCUUUCUCUUGCCAACAAUGAUAAACAGAGAUGCUUGUUGAUCCAGGGAGGGGUGGCUGUUUGGGGUCCGUUAUGUGCUUUGACAAUGCCAGAAGAUAGGCGUUCGAGCGUGUGUCCCAGUGACCUGUCCGCGCUUGAUUUAGACACAAAGAUUUCUUGUGUUGGAAUAAGCCAAGGCAUUUGGGACGGCGUAUUGAUGACGAGAGUGCAACUUAGAGAAAUACACCCACUGGACAUAGACUGCUGGACCGCCGCAUGUUUUGUCAAAGACGCAUGCUGAAGACGGGUGUUUGAGCCCGUGCGCUUUAUCGUACAAGUGACUGUGUCAGUCUAUUGACACAAAGAGACACCUGCUACCACAGGGGGAGGCAGGGUGGAAAAGGAUGACAGAAUGCAUUCUCCAGGUGAUUUUGUUCAACGCAUGCAACAGCGGUUAAGAUCUGCGUAUCUGAGCACGUGGAUGGAGCUACAUCCAUAAGCAACUCGAAGAAUCACGCAGGCUGAUGUGCGGGGCCGCGUUCCACCUAUUGGUAGUGCACAG